CACAAAAUCUCUCCUCUUUCCAAAUUCAUCACCCUUCUUAUUCUCUCCCUCUCUCUGUCUCUCUCUCCUCUUCAAGCUACAUACAACACACAGCUUCACAUACUCAAUACUGGGGGUUCUCUGCCUUGCUCCCACUCCAAGGAAGAGCUUGGCGAUCCAAGAAUGGAUCCUUGCCCUUUCCACCGGGUCCUCGUCGGCAACCUCUCCCUCAAACUCCCUCAACCCUCCGCCCCCUCCUCCUCCUUCUCCACCAUCCACCCUCCUUCCUCCUCCUCCUCCUCGUUUUUCUGCAAGAUCAAGCUCUCAAACCUCCCUUCCCAGCAGGCCUCUCUGCCCCUGAUCUCGCCCCCCGAUCACUCCCCCGACCGCCGCCCCUCUCAGCCCCUCGCCGCCUGCUUCAGCCUCCCCAGGCCCCUCCUCGAGAAGCUCCUCCUUCAAAACCCGACCUUGAAGGUCGAGGUCUACAGGGGACGCUUCGGGGGCGCUUGCGGGUUGGUGGGCGGGUCGAAAUUGAUCGGGAAGGUGUACCUGCCGCUGGAUUUGAGGAGGGCCGAUUCGCGGGCGGUGUCGGUUCACGACGGGUGGCUCGACCUCGGCAGGAAGAGCGGCGAGAAGCUGCACGUGAGCGUGAGGGCGGAGCCUGAUCCAAGGUUCGUGUUCGAGUUCGAGAAGGAGCCCGAGUGCAGCCCCCAGGUGUUUCAGGUCCAGGGGAGCGUGAAGCAGCCGGUCUUCACUUGCAACUUCAGUUGCCGGAACAACGUCGGUGACCGGAACUUGCGAUCCAGGUCGUCCUUGUCCGAAACAAGCACAUCACGAAGCUGGAUACCGUCUCUGGUUGGCCAUGACAAAGACCCGCAUUCUAAAGAGAGGAAGGGAUGGUCCGUCACCAUCCACGACCUCUCUGGCUCUCCGGUGGCGGUCGCCUCGAUGGUGACGCCUUUCGUGCCGUCCCCCGGGUCUGACAGGGUGAACCGGUCCAAUCCGGGCGCAUGGCUCAUUCUCCGCCCGGCCCACGGCACCUGGAGUCCGUGGGGCCGUCUCGAGGCCUGGCUCGAGCACGGCAGCUCCGACAUGCUCUCGUACCGAUUCAAGCUCCUUCCCGACACCACCGCCACGAACACGGCCACUGUGGUCAAUUCCUCGAUUAGCAUUAAAACCGGUGGCAAAUUCACCAUAGACUUGACCACCAGUGUGUCGCCAGUGAGCAGCCCAAGCAGCAGCAUAGACUUUGGGUCUGGGCUGUCGUGGUCCGGGUCGGGAUCGGGGUCAGACUUUGUAGGGCUGGGGCUGUGGCCAAAUUCAGUGCCCGGUGGGUUCGUGAUGUCCUCGACCAUGCAAGGGGUGGACAAGGCGAGCAAGCCGCAGGUGGAGGUCGGGGUUCAGCACGUGAAGUGCACGGAGGACGCGGCGGCUUUCGUGGCAUUGGCAGCUGCGGUCGACCUGAGCAUGGACGCUUGCAGGUUGUUCUCUCAGAAGCUGAGGGCAGAGUUGAGGCAGCAAAGUCAGGACUCUGCCAUUUGGUGCGACACGAAUUGAAAUGAUUUGUCAUAAUCUCGACUCGGGGAUGAAUCGAGCCGGUCACGGCCGCGAUUGAGUCUCACGCGGACCUCUCAUGAUGCGACGAUUGCUACGAGAGUGGAUGACUCGUGAGGAAGUUGUUGGAUUUUAUUUUAUUUUUCGGAUUUUCUGCCGCAUGAUUCUUUUGAUGAGCUUUUUUUGGUCGUGGGACGAUUAGGAAUUGUACGGAGGGGGGGUAGGCGAUGAUUCAAUUUUUAUUUUUAUUUUUGGUGUACAUCCCGUGAGUUGAAUUUGAAUGCUUUUAAUGUUCA